AUGGUGUCUGCUAAAAGACUGUUCUGCUCUCUCAGGUUGGAAAGCCGUCCUAGAGGUUUUCACGAGCCUGAUAUGUUCGUCCACACUAAUGAACUACCCCCAGACCGGUUGGGUAAAAUGCUCAGGAGCAAGGAUUGGGUCAGUUUUCAGUGUUGUGACUGUGAGCUGGCGAGUGAUGCUAGUCAACUAAAUAAGCAGCCUUUGGAAUCAGAAGUUCAGUUUGAGAAACAUAUAAGAAAACUUUUGAUAGAUAAGCAGGAAUUACAAUGGCAGAAGGAAUCUCUUCAAUAUCAAUCUGACAUGGCAGCUAAGGAACAUAAAGAAGCACUUAUCACAUUAAGAAAACAGUUUCAGGAACGAAUCAGUGGCAUUGAAGGAGACAAGGGAAAAUACCAGUUAUCUGCUGGAUUGAAAGAAAAAGAGAUUAGUGGACUGAAAGAAGAAUUUAAAAAAUUACAGUUAUCCAACUACAGUUUACAGAAGAAACUAAGUGAAUUGGAACAAAAAUUGCAGUUGCAGAAUGCAACAAAGGAUAGUCAUCUGAUCCAGCUAAGUAAAGCUGAAAAGCGCUACAAAGUUAUUAUUCAUCAGUUUGGACUAAUAAAACAGGCCCAUGAGAAACUUGAGCUGAAUGUGGAAGAGGCAAUGCAUUUAAAUAAGAAGCUGACAACUAUAAACAAGAAUCAAGAAGCAACUAUACAAUGUUUAAAACAGGAAAUUGAAAAUAAAAAUAAGGAGCUGAUUAAGUCCAGAGUUACCAUUACAUGCAGAAAAGGGGAAGAAAACAGUAUUUUGAAAGGGAAAGAACAAUGUCAGCAGGAACUUCAACUCAAAAUUAAAAUGGUGCAUUAG